AUGGGGCCUUAUACCGAAAAUCCCGUAACAUCCGAAGAUUCUUCCGAGGAUACAAACACCUCUCAAGGCGUUCAAUAUUACGAUGCAUGCCAAUCUUACGAGAAAGAUAAAAAGCUUUCUGAAUACGAUUGUGACCCAGAGGAAAAAUCAUUUGGAGAUGAAGAAAUAUUCAAGGACUUGAAUGAUCAAACUGGAAUUUCAUUCACUAAAACCAAAAAAGUGACAAUUCAAGUUCGGGAUCUUUCAAUUGGAUCUCGGAUAACUUCCUCUGGUAAGUUUUCCCCGAAACGGUUGAAUCCCUUCAAAAAGGGGUUCCACAGAAAAGAGCCACCUGCAGACAUUGAAUCCAAUGCUGAUAUUAAAACAAUCCUUCAUCCGAUGUCAUUUGACAUCCCAGCAUGCUCCAUUACAUGUAUUAUUGGGGGUUCGGGCUCUGGGAAAACAACUCUUUUAAAUUGCUUGGCCGACAGAAAAUUCAGCAGAUCAUCACUUUUUGAAACAGGAAAGAUUCAAUACAACAACGAUGAAGAUCUCACACGUAUCAGAAAUGCCUAUGUGAUCCAGCAGGAUAUUUUAAUUCCAACAUUGACCUGCCGAGAAACUUUGAUGUACGCCGCAGAGUUUAAACUACCAAAGUUAACUUCGAAAAAGGAGAGAUGUACACUUGUGCGCGAGCUAAUAUUGGAACUAGGAUUGAAGGAAUGUGCUGACACAAUUGUGGGGGAUAAUCAUCGUAAGGGACUUAGUGGUGGUGAGAAAAGAAGACUUAGUGUUGCCUUGCAACUUGUUUCCAAUCCAGCAGUUCUUUUUCUUGAUGAGCCAACUACAGGGUUGGAUUCGUAUAAUGCAUAUCUUCUUUGUAUCACUUUGAAAAGAGUCGCCAAGAAGUUUAAUAAAACAAUAGUCAUGAGUAUCCACCAACCUCGGGCAGAUAUUUUCAAGCUUUUUGAUAGGAUUUUUAUUCUUUCAAAGGGAAAUUUGUGCUAUGCUGACAGUUACGAGUAUAUUUUUGAGUACUUCUCUGGGAUUGGCUAUCCCAUUCCGGAGCAUAAUGUCAAUCCUGCAGAUUUCCUAAUAGACCUUAUUACAAUUGACACCAGAACUUAUGCUCAUGAACAGGAAUCAAGCAAAAGGAUGAUCCAGGUUUCAAGGUUAUGGAAAGAAAAAAUGGAUACUUUACCCGAAAUUGAAGAGGUUUCUGAGGAAGAAACAAUGAGUGAAGGUGGUCCAGGAUCCGAUGGAGAGGUUUUUGAAUCCCUUGGCCGGGCUCCCUUUAUGCGUGAGCUAGGCAUUCACAUCCGUCGGAACUUGAAGCUUCAAUAUAGAGAUCCUCUUGGAACUGUUUCUGUGAUUUUGGAAGCACUUCUGUUGGGAAUCAUUACCGGUUGGAUUUUCUAUAAACCUGGAACAGAUACCAAGGGUAUUAGAUCGUUAGAAUCAUCCCUUUAUAUGAGUUCUACAUUGAUGUGCUAUCUAUACUUGUUAGUGGAAUGCUAUCGUCUCUGCCAGUUGGAUCUCAAGGUGUUUGAUCGUGAACGUUUAGAAGGCUGUAUUUCCGUUCCGGGAUUUCUAAUUGGACGAAGAAUAUCAAAGCUUAUCACUGAAGAUAUCUUUAUUCCUAUAGUAUAUGCUUAUUUCUGGAAAUACUUUGCGGGAAUUUUUAUAUUCAAUUUGAACACCAUGGCAGUUGGUAUGUUGGCAGCAGCUUUUAGUCGAGAUGUUUCCAUUGCAACUUUAAUAUGCAACCUAAACUUCACCUUCCAGACAAUGACUAAUGGUAUGUUUAUCAAUGCUAAGCAGCUACCUGUUUAUGUUCGAUGGUGUAAAUAUGUUGCGUAUCAAUGGUACUCGUUUGGGUUUUUGAUCAGCAACCAAUUCACCAACUUUAACGGCGACUGUUAUCGAGAAAAUGCAGGCAAUCCCAAAGUUAAUGAUCUAUGUUACACAUCAUCGGGUAGUUACAUUAUUGAGCAGAUGGGCUUCUGGGAGAAUUGGAAUGCCUUGCCCAUAUGUGUUGUUUUGGCAUUCUUCCUGGGUACAUAUCUUUUAGCUGGCAUUGUUUUGCACUUCAAGCCUGUUGACAUAUCAAUGGGAAAGGAAGCUAAAACGAAGUACACAAUCAACAAUAGAAUAAAGCGUGAUAUUUCUACUGAUGAUCCAAAAGAGAUCAGCAAAAAUGACCAGGGAGUCAGCGUUAAAAUUAGAGGAAUAAACCUUACUGUGCGUCGUAAAAUGGGUAAUGUUGAGAAGCAGAUACUUCGGAAUGUGGAGGCAGAUUUUCAGGCUUGUAAAUUGAAUAUCAUUAUGGGACCUUCUGGUUCCGGAAAAACAUCCUUGCUUAACUUGAUAAGUGGACGGUUGUCGUCAAGUUUGGCAAGCUCAUAUAUGAGCGAGGGAAAGAUAUAUUUUAACCAAUAUGAAGUCGAAGACUUUUCAAUAGUCAGACCUUUAUGCUCGUAUGUCACACAAGAAGAUGAUUAUUUGCUAUCUUCUUUAACUGUGAAGGAGACAAUAUCUUACGCCGCAGAGUUGAGAUUAUCACGGGCAAAGUUAUCAAAGGCAGAGAGGAAGAAUAUUGUCGAAAAAGUUAUAUUAGAUAUGGGUCUUCGUGAUUGUGCCAACACAUUAGUGGGAAAUGAUCUAAUCAAGGGUAUUUCUGGAGGUGAAAAAAGACGGUUAUCAAUCGCUAUACAGCUUCUUUCUUCACCAAAAAUCCUUUUCCUAGACGAGCCUACAUCUGGAUUAGAUGCGUUUACCGCUUCUUCCAUUGUAGAAUGCCUUCAAAAAUUGGCUAGAAGUGGAACGACCAUUAUCAUGACCAUUCAUCAGCCAAGGACAUUAGACCAGUUUGGUACCAUUCUUCUUUUGGCAAAGGGUGGAAAAGUUGCAUUUGACGGAAGUCAGGAUCAACUGAUUCAACAUUUCACACAGAUUGGCUAUCCAGUUCCUAGAUUCACAAAUUUGGGCGACUUUGUUAUUGAUUUGAUUUCUUAUAACACCGUAAACGAAGAUGUCGAACUUCGCACCAGGGCGAGGGUGGACAAUAUAUUGGAUCGGUGGAACGAACAAAAUGGCCUCAUCAUAACUAAUCCAAUUGAUACAGUUGUUGUGGAAAGCCAGGACCAGCUAAGAGCCGAAUUCAAAUCUUUUGUGAAAGAGCCGGCUGAAUUUUUGACGGGCUUUCAUGUUCUUUUGAGGCGGCAAUGGGUCGGAUUGAUUCGUGAUACAAACAUCAUAAUUGCCAGAGCUGCACAGGUUUUGGGAAUGGGUAUCAUCCUAACAUUUUUCUUUGCAAGGCUCAAGCACGAUGUACUAAGUGUUCAGAACAGGUUUGGUGUCAUCCAACAGAUGGUGUCAUUGUACUUCAGUGGUAUGCUUAACAACAUGACUGGAUAUCCUAAGGAGAGGGAUUAUUUUUAUAACGAAUACAGUGACGAUGUUAUCAGUAUAUCGUCAUUCUUUUUCAGUUAUCUAAUAAUCGAGCUACCAUUCGAGAUUUUCCCUUGCCUUAUUUUUGCCGUGCUAAUGGUCUUUGCUAUAGGCUUUCAGUACAAUGCUGCUCUUUUCUUUGGAAUAUUCUACACAACUACAAUUGUCGUCAAUGCCGGUGAAUCACUUGGUAUCUCUUUCAAUACUGCCUUGAGUCACCCCGGAUUUUCGCUUACAGUUAUCUCAGUUUUCUGUUCCAUUGCUGUGUGUAUGUCUGGUUUAAUGUCUAUGACGUUGAACUCAUUCUUGAAAGCCAUGAACUAUCUUUCCCCUCCACAUUACUGUGUGUUGAUUAUAACAAAUUUGGUCUUUACUAAAUCCUUGAAAAUUGACUGCCUUCCUGAUCAGAAGUCUGCAGACGGAAGUUGUCAGUUUUCAAACGGUUUGGAUGUGUUGAGUCAAUAUGGACUCAAGGUUAAUAUGACAUUAUACUGGAUCAUGAUAUCGGUUAUGGCCGUCCUUCAUAGAGGAGGUUCUUUUCUAUUUCUAAAGAUGAAGCUUACAAAGCUUGCGCUAAAGAGAAAAUCACCUCAGUGA